AUGGGGUCGCAGGGCGAGCCUUUGCCCCCUCAAGAGGAUGAGAUUACCGUUCUCGUUACAGGAUUUGCUGUAAGAACAUUUUCUUGUCAAAGAAUCUUUACGGAUUCCAAAAUAGAUAUGAUGUCAUCUAUCCCCAUAACUAUAAUAGCACUGUUGACCUCCCAACAGCCAUUCCAAGAGAAAUACCCAAUAAACCCCUCCUGGGAAAUCGCCUCCCGACUCCCUCCCUCCCUCCCCUCCUCCAAAACCGCACCCUCCGAUAUCUCAGCCAUCGCAGAUUUACCACCCGUCCGAANGGAAAUCGCCUCCCGACUCCCUCCCUCCCUCCCCUCCUCCAAAACCGCACCCUCCGAUAUCUCAGCCAUCGCAGAUUUACCACCCGUCCGAAUACUCGUCCAUCCCGAAGCAAUCAAAGUCUGCUAUCCCGUCGUCCGAGAACUAGUCCCGAAGCUAUGGGAGGAGAGCAAGAAAAUUGAUUAUGCGAUUCAUAUCGGGAUGGCUUCUGGGAGAAGGUUCUAUAGCGUUGAGAGAAGGGCACAUAGGGAUGGAUAUUUCAAUAAGGACGUAGAUAACGAGUUGUUGGGGGAUGUGGAGAGAAGGGAGAAGCAGGGGGACAGAUGGAUUUGGAGCGGAAUGCCGGAGGAGUUGUUGACUAGUGUUGACGUGGUGGAUGUUUGGAGGAGGUGGAGGGGUGCUUUACCUGUAUUUAUCCUAUUCCCGUCGCAACUUAGCGACCCCACUAAUGAUGUGAAUAGGCCGAGGAUGUUAGGAUUUCUGAAGACGCCGGAAGGUAUCUGUGUGAUUUCAUAUUCUUCUCCAGUCUGGCGCAUUUGACGAAAAAAGAGGAGGAGAGGAGAGUGGUAUUUUUUCAUGUCCCGGUUCGUUGUGAUGAAGAGUCUAUUAAUACGGGUAUCGAAGUGUGUCUGGAGCUCAUCCGAGCAAUUGUACAAAGCGGUAGGAUGAAGAAGUUAAUGAGUCAAUAG